AUGCUGCCUUCAAAGGCCCUUCCUAGCAUGUGCUGGUUUCUGCUCUCCUGCCAGAUGUCCCUCUCUCAAGUCCAAGGUGAGCAUUCAUUGGAGACAACACCCUAUACAGGUAGAGUCUGUCCAAAUGGCUUCAUGGUCUAUGCCUCCCACUGCUAUUCCUUUUAUACAACACCAUCUACCUGGAUGCAAGCAAGUAUGGACUGUCAGAAGUGGCCAUCAGGACAACUUGUCUCUAUACUCAGUGAUUCUGAAGCAUCCUUUGUGGCCUCCCUGAUCAGGAGCAAUGUUAAUAGCUAUUAUUACGUCUGGAAUGGACUUUAUGACCCCACAGAGGGAUCUCAACCAAAUGGAAUUGGAUGGGAGUGGAGUACCAAUGAUGUGUUGAAGUACAGAGCCUGGGAGGUAAUACCUCCUUCUCUUCCAGAUUCUGGCUUCUGUGGAAUUUUAACAGAGGGUUCAGGUUUUCGAAAAUGGAAAGAUUAUAAUUGUGAUUUGAAGUUACCUUAUGUCUGCAAGUUCAAGUAUUAG